AAUGGCCUGUUGCCUGUUGAUGGGUCUGGCUUCAUCAGCCACCGCCCAUUUGCUUCCACGCAAUCAGCAGAAGCAGAAGAAGAAGAGGAGUAAUCAAAAGUAAGCUUUUCUUGGAGAGCACUGCACGGUAGUUGGCAGUAGUAACUGUUGGCACUUCCAGCAGAAGUCCUGUAAGAAACAGAACAUUUGCAGUGAAAGUCAAGGCACAGACGAGGAGAGCACCAGGGUUAACAAUCACCACAAUCGCACGUCAACGGGUUCUUUUCUGGCCCGAACCGUUGCUCUAUCGACCAUCAUUACGAGGUUGAAAACUAAUCAUUCCCACUUCUCUCUUGACAGCAACCAGAACCAUCAAAAUCAAAAUAAGGAGUGAGUGAAGAGGAAGAUGACACGAUGAACCUGUGAGCAUGAGUAUUGGACUCGCCGUGACGGCCCAUUUUAUAUCAAUCAAAGCAACCUACCCAACGACAGACAAACGACCACUAUUGAACAGGACUGGACCUUAUUAGCCCUGAGCAAACAGAGCUACUAGAAUGCCGGGUAUUCAGCAAUGGCUCAAUGCCUGGGUGAAGGUGAACUCCAAGCAACAAGGCAGUGGUCCGUCUGCUGGUCCUUCUGGUAGUACCAACGGCGCUCCCAGGUUGCCCCAGGCCAAAGAAACGCGCUCUGGAACGUCAACCAGAAAUCGUUCUUCCAGUAUAGGAAGUGCUUCCGAACGAAAGUCGGGGGAGACGAGGGUGAGAGGAAUCUCAUCCACUUCCUCCCAAAAACGCUCCGACAAAUUGCAAUUUUCGAGUGGCUUUAACAGUAUUGGGGAAGUCACCCGUGCGACAGACGCAACAGCGGCCCUUUCCACAACAGUAGCUUCCAUAACUUCGAUAGAAGAAACUGACAAUCAAGGCAAUCCAGAGCAUGAUGCCAUCCGCAAACACAGUCGCAAACACAAACGGAGACUCAACCGAACCAAUUCUUUCUCGGACUUACUCCGAGAAAAGGCCAAGCAUCGAUCCAGCCGCAGCAAUGGCCGACACUACUCAGUCGAACGGCCGCACUAUGCAGGACCGGGGGAGGUUUCCCAACAAGCAGCAGGACGCCACAAUCGUUCUCGUCGUAGAAGCCAUCGUCGAUCCAAUCCACCACCGCCCACACUCCAUCAUCCCAUGGUCGAACCACCUCCCGACGAGGACCUUUCAUCCCAUGCAUCCUCCAACCACAGUGUCAGUCCGACCGAGACAGCCACAACGGUCCUACGAUCCAAUGCUGCUUCUUCGGCAAAACCACGAUAUCACAGUCAACGAUCGAUCGAAGAACAAAGCAUCGACUCGAGCAACUCGGCGCUCUUUGGAGUGGCUGAUUUCUUUGGGACAGACAUUUCCGAAUUGAGGGAACGACCCACCACUGCAUCGACCGGUGCACGGCAUCAGACACACAAGGCACAGCAUGGCCUAGAAGACGAAAUCCCACACUACCUACGACCUUACAUUGACAGCACCGAAAGCAGCAAUGAACCACAAGACACCAUUCAUCUUCCUACACAGACACAGCAACAUCAUUCGCGGUAUCGAUCGCAAUCACCAACUUACAACAACAACAACAACACUCACUACAAUCUACAUCACCAAGCAACUACUGCUACUUCUGCAACCAGUACCCUCCAAAACAACAACCGUUUACUUAUAUAUGACAGUAAAAAUAAUGCACAUCCACAAUUCACAGACGUCGAAGAUGCACCACGAAAGGCAAACAAUGUUGCGUAUCUGCAACCGCUAGCUUCACGCAAUCCUACAACAUCAGGGGAAAAGGAACCUACCAGAUUGACCCAACCAGCCACAAAUGAAGGGUUUGUUAUGGGAGGAGUCCGCCUACCAUUCUACACAACAAAUGCACCCAGAGCAGCGGUUGCCACUAUCAAAACGAACAAAGGUCCGAAUGCUACAACAACAAACUCUAACGACAAAGACAACAGCGACGCAAGUCCGAUGGAGAUUUCCAAUUGCCCCAGUUGUCAACUCGCUCAACUGGAGUUGAAACGAACACAAGAGAGCCUCGAAUACAUGAGAACCAUGGCGAUUCGAAAAGAGCUCACGUGCCACAAGUGCGGGUCAAAAACGAAAAGAGACCAAGACAAAUCGUCAUCGAAUGAUGAUGAGGGUCCUGACGAGUCCGUGAAUGCCAGUAGAGCUCCGAAUACUGACGGCCACAACAACAUUGAUGAACAACACACCGGCAAAAAGAUACGCAGUGCCGUCGUCAAAAAGUCCUCGGAGCAAUUGGUGGAAGUCACGGGACGCCACAAGAAACAAGUCGAGCAGCUCAUGAAAGAAAGGAACCAUUGGCAACACAACAUGCAUCUCAAGCUGGAAAAGUUCUCGAACUUGUGCCACAACCUGAACGAUCAAUCGUCCCUACGCGUGGAAGAAGCUAAGGAGUUGAAAGAAGAGUUAGCAGCCAUGAGGGCGGAACGAGAUCAAAUGGCCAGCGAAUUGGGACCGCUAAGGACUGCCGUAAAGGAAUUCGAGAGGGAACGAGAAGAGCACCGUCUGUUGAAGGAGCGAAUGGCUCGCAAUGAGUCGGAGGGACUUCGUCAAGCGAACGCCGCCAUAGCCCAGCGCGAUGACAUGAUUGCGAAGCUCUCAUCCAAACUGGAAACAGCCUUGGAUACGCUUGCCGUGGAACGGGAGCAGCAGCGACAACGACGGCAAAUCAUCUUUCCGCAGCAAUAUACGAAUGGUCGCAAUGGCUUGGUCCCGGCGAAUGGCCAAGCCUCGCACGGAGAGGGUAUGCCUGCGCGUCUCAGUGCCAACAACAAUGUUGACAACAGCGCGCAGUCAGGGGAGCUCGAAAGUCUCCGUGCACAACUUUUGGAAGCCCAGCAGAAGCUGGAAACAGUUCAAUUGGAGGCAGAUCAGAAGGAAACGGCUCUGCGUUUCCGAUGCGAGACUCUCGAGAAUCAAAUCAAGGAGAACAAUACGGCAACCGAUUUGUCUAGCAAGAAGCCACACGAACCUCACCACCUGUUCUCCUGAUCCAAACCUAUUGCUUCGAUGCUAAGGCUAAUUCGAACGAUUGCUAUUCUGUGUUACUUUAGAUCGCUGAGUUCUCUUUUUCUCGAUAGCUAGCUAGCACAUUGGCGGCAUCAUCU